AUGGACGACUUAGAUGCGUGGGGAGACUUAUCGAAUAUACCACCAGAUCCACCCGUUAUGCGUGAGCUCUGCGAUCAAUGCGAAAGGCCAUCUGUUGUAUGUUGGUGUUCUGCAUUGCCACCCAAAAGAUUGCAUCCUCAAAGCACUAUAAUACUUUUACAACAUCCAGCAGAGGAGAAGAGGUGUCUGCGAACUGCUCCAAUGUUGCAACUUGGGCUGGCUGAAAACAAGUGCCUUAUAUUUAAAGGGAAAAAGUUUCCCCAACCACGACAUGAGAACUUGGAAAAAAUUCUCUUGCAUGAAAACACUGUGCUGUUAUAUCCCAGCAAAGCAGCAAUAGACAUUAAAGACUUAGAUUGUAAUAUUAAAUCAUAUAAUUUGGUUUUAAUUGACGGUACAUGGCCACAAGCUAAGGCCAUUUACGCAUCUAGCUUAAUAUUGCAGAGAAUAAAACAAGUUAAACUUGUAACUAGUUGUGCUAGUAACUACAUCAUUAGGACUCAGCCAACUGAAGGCUGUUUGAGCACUCUUGAGACAGCGGCAGAAGCUCUAUCUCAGCUUGAAAGAGAUCCAAUUUUUAGACAGCAACUCGUUGAGCCUUUACACAUGUUAUUGAGAGCCUGUGAUAAAGAAAGAAAGAUGAAACAAGAAAGUGAAAAUUCCGAAUUAACCGAGCGAAUAGCGGAAUUCAAGAGCGAUCCAGAGAAACUACGACAGGCCUCUGAGUUUGUAGAACAGCUUAUUGAGCAGGCAAGAAAAGAGGCAGAAAUAAAACAUAAAGAGAAAGAGCGAAGCAAAUUCGAAUCGCAAGAAUUGGGAUCAAAUAACACAAAAAGGCGCUUUGGAAGAGCUCGUGGCUUUGUAUUGCGGAUGUUUGAUGCACUCUGCAACUGUACGCAAACCGCAGCAGCCGCCGCACGUACACACGCUCGAAACAAUCCUUUUACAAAACGUUAA